AUGAGACAUUCGCUGAAGCUUGGGAGAGAUUCAAGGCUUGUGGAGAACAUUGCCAAUUCAAAUGGAAGUUAUGGGGAGGAGUAUGAUCGCACUAACCGAAGCUCGACCUCCAGCUCGAUCGAGUCUGAUGAUAAACUCAGAAAGGAUGUCAAGGCUUUGAACGAGAAGUUGGAUAAGCUUAUCUUAAUUCAAUCCACCAUGAAGAAGGUUAACUUUGUGUCUGCUGAAGAGUUGGUUCUUGUCCAAGAAGGGGAGGGUAAUCAAUUUGCUAAAGUAUGCUACAUAAGCAAUGGACAAGGAAGAUACCAGAAGGUUUACUACAACUAUAAGGCUAAUCCCAACAUGUGUUAUAGGAACACUGAUGUUGCAAACCCUUAG